AUGGCGGCUGCAGGACGUGCGCGCUCCGGGAGCCCAGCCCGUGGCCUUCCGCACCUACUGACCCUAGCGAUCCUUGCACUUGCCUGUGAUGCUUGUAAAGAAGUGAUGCUUCAGGUCCCCUCUGAACUACCUGCUGAGAAAUUUGUUGGCAGAGUGAACCUGAAGGACUGCCUUAAAUCGGCAAAUGUAAUUCAUCUGAGUGAUCCUGAUUUCCAAGUCUUAGAAGAUGGUUCUGUGUAUACAACCAAUUCUGUUGUCUUGUCCUCGGGCCAAAGAAGCUUUACUAUAUGGCUUUUUGAUUCGGAGAGCCAAGAAGAAGGAGAACUAUCUGUCCAUUUAGAAGUUCCAGCAGAGGUAAAUGAGAAGGCACUAAAUAAGAGACUGCACACAGAAAAAGUUCUCAGCCGUACCAAGAGAAGAUGGGCGCCUAUCCCUUGCUCCAUGCAAGAGAACUCCUUGGGUCCUUUCCCACUUUUCCUUCAACAGAUCCAAUCUGAUACGGCUCAAAACUACACCAUAUACUAUUCCAUCAGAGGUCCAGGAGUUGAUAGAGAGCCUGUAAACUUAUUUUAUGUGGAAAGAGAUACUGGAAAACUGUAUUGCACUGGUCCUGUAGAUCGUGAGCAGUAUGAAUCCUUUCAGCUGACUGCCUUUGCAACAACUCCAGAUGGGUAUACGCCAGAGUACCCACUGACUCUUAUCAUUAAAAUAGAGGAUGAGAAUGAUAACUACCCGAUUUUUACAAAGGCAGAAUACAGUUUCACAGUUUGGGAAAACAGUGCCGUUGGCUCUGUCGUGGGGGAGGUCUGUGCCACUGACAAUGACGAGCCGAAAACAAUACACACUCUGCUGAGGUACUCCAUCCUGGAGCAGUCACCUUCCCCACCCACUCUAUUUACUAUGAAUCCCACUACUGGUGUAAUCACGACCACGUCGUCUCAGCUGGACAGAGAGCUAAUCGACAGAUACCAGUUGGUAGUAAAAGUGCAGGAUAUGGAUGGCCAGCACUUUGGUUUGCAGACAACAGCACUCUGCAUCAUUACUAUCGGAGAUGUGAAUGACAACUUGCCAACGUUCACUCGCUCUGCUUAUGUGGCCUCAGUGGAAGAAAAUACAGUUGAUGUGGAAAUCUUACGUCUUACUGUUCAGGAUAAAGAUUUAAUUAACUCUCCUAAUUGGAGAGCUAAUUACACCAUAUUAAAGGGCAACGAAAAUGGAAAUUUUAAAAUUGUAACAGAUCUCAAAACCAAUGAAGGCAUUCUGUGUGUGGUUAAGCCUCUGGACUAUGAAGUCCAGCAACAGGUGUCUCUGCAAAUCAGUGUAGUUAAUGAAGCCCCAUACAUUGUGAGAGAGGCUAGUGCCAGGUCCCCCACAAGCACAGCCACAGUGACUGUUACCGUGAAAAACCUGGACGAGGGUCCCGAGUGUAUCCCUCCAACACAAACCGUGCGGAUCCGAGAAAACGUGCCAGCUGGAACUAGACACGAUGGGUAUAAGGCGUAUGACCCCGAGACCAGAAGCAGCAGUAGCAUAAGGUACAGGAAGUUAAGUGACCCAAGAGGGUGGGUCACUCUUAAUGAAGACUCAGGAUCAAUCACCGUUUCCCGAACCCUGGAUCGAGAGGCUGAGACGGUCAGAAAUGGCAUCUAUAAUAUUACAGUCCUUGCAUUAGAUGCAGAUGGGAAAAGCUGUACUGGAACUCUGGGAAUUAUUCUGGAAGAUGUGAAUGACAAUGGCCCAUUCAUACCCAAGCAGACGGUUGUGAUAUGUAAGCCCACCAUGUCCUCUGCUGAAAUUGUGGCAGUUGAUCCUGAUGAGCCAGUGAAUGGCCCACCCUUUGAUUUUAGUUUGGAGAGUUCUGAUUCGGAAGUACGGCGGAUGUGGAGGCUGACAAGAAUCAAUGAUACAGCGGCUCGUCUGUCCUAUCAGAACGACCCUUCAUUUGGAUCCUACGUAGUUCCUAUCCGAGUUACAGACAGGCUUGGUCUGUCCUCAGUCACCUCACUGAACGUCAUUGUUUGUGACUGCAUUACUGAAAGUGACUGCACAGCCCGCUCAGGAGAAAGGACCGGCUAUGCAGAUGUGAGACUCGGACCCUGGGCCAUUCUGGCUAUACUGUUGGGCAUAGCCUUGCUGCUUUGUAUCCUGUUUACAUUAGUCUGCAGUGUUUCCCAGGCAACAAAACAACAGAAAAUUCUUCCAGAUGACUUAGCGCAGCAGAACCUAAUCAUGUCAAACACUGAGGCUCCUGGAGAAGACAAAAUUUAUUCUGCAAAUGGCUUCACAACUCAAGCUGUGGGAGCUUCUGGGCAGGCAGCUUUUGGCACCUUGGGAGCAGGAGUCAAAAGUGGAGGGCAAGAGACCAUUGAGAUGGUGAAAGGCGGCCACCAGACCCUAGAGUCCUGCGGGGGUGCUGCAUACCAUCACCACCACACCCUGGAUCCCUGCAGAGGAGGACUCGUGGAGGUGGACAGCUACAGACACACUUACUCUGAGUGGCACAACUUCACUCAGCCCCGACUUGGUGAAAAGGUUCAGUUGUGCCAUGAGGAUGACAACCAACGGCUCGCUCAAGACUACGUCCUCACGUACAACUAUGAAGGACGAGGUUCCACUGCUGGCUCUGUGGGUUGCUGUAGUGACCAACAGGAAGAAGAUGGGCUUGAGUUUUUGGACCAUUUGGAGCCCAAAUUUAGGACAUUAGCAGAAGUAUGUGCAAAGAGAUGAAGGACUUCAAACAGGGUACCCAAACUAAUGGACUUAAUACCUUUUCCUCACUGCUUUAAAUAUAAACCAGGAUUUUUUUUAAAAAGAUAUAUAUUUGGGGCUUCCCCCGCAACCUGCCUUGGUCUGCAGAAUGUCCAUGGAAAUGCACAUUUACAGAGAAACUGUGUACAUUAGUACACUUGAACUUGAAAACUAUUCUGCAUGGGUUAUAAUUACUUCUUUUUUACCCAGUUGUCAUCUAUAGAUGGAAACUUUGAGGGAAUUUGCAUUAUUGUUUACAUUGGGCAUAAUGACAUCAGCCAACUUAUAGUGCAAUAAAAUUUCAUGAAUCUGAGUCUAUUUAUGGACUACUUGACCUAUAACCCAACUAGAGACUGUAGAAACAGUUGUCUCCAAUCAAUGAAUUAAUUGAUUGUUCGUAUGGUGCUUGGAAACUGUUGUUUUCCCAAACAUGCUAAACUGUAUUUACUGUGUCUUACAUUUGUUGUGUUCUUGUAACAUGGCCUGGCUUCAUAGUGCCAAGGUAGAUUGUCAGGCAGCCAUUGAGUGUAUUUGCAGUUCCAUUCCAGUGGGGGCUGCUUUUAGGUUCUAUCCUGGGUAAAAUCCUACACUGAAUCUACAUCUCCUUUGCAUCGACUU